ACCGAGUGCAGUGAUCCAAAGUUCAUUGCACACCGUUAGCGAAAUAGGAACAUUAUUUAUUUUUUCUGCUGCUGAAAUUCUGUGCAUGAACAGCAAAAAUGACCUUAAAACGACUGACAUGUUCAUUACGUGCAUUACUGCAGCGCAGGUGUCAAAUUACCAAUAUUAGUAGUACCGGACUGGAACAGCCACAUUGCAUCAGUUCUGUAUAUAAAGCGGGAGUUUUAAUAGCCCGCUCUUAUUAUGGGGCUGCAAGGUCCACAGAUCAAGCUGACGACGGCUCGGUUCCGGUGCGCACGGUCGACCUCCGCAGUGACACUGUCACCAAACCCGGACCAGCAAUGCGACGUGCCAUGGCCAAGGCUGAGGUCGGGGACGAUGUGUACGGAGAGGAUCCAACUGUCAACGAGCUGCAGAGACAGGCGGCGCAGUUGUUUGGGAUGGAGGAUGCCCUCUUUGUGCCCUCUGGAACUAUGAGCAACCUCAUUGCUGUAAUGAGUCACUGCCGAGAGAGAGGCGAGGAGAUCAUACUGGGGGAGAAGUCGCACCUGCACAUUUACGAGCAAGGGGGCAGUGCACAGUGUGCUGGGGUUCACUCCUGCACCGUGCGCAAUAACCCUGAUGGAACCUUUAACCUGGAGGAGGUGGAGUCAAAGAUCCGCCACGGCUACCCAGACUCACACUAUCCUCGAACCCGGCUCAUCGGGGUGGAGAACACACACAACAUCCAGGGGGGCCGCGUGCUGCCCCUCGCCUUUCUCAAGGAGCUCCGCGGCCUGGCUGACCGCUACGACCUGGCUGUGCACAUGGACGGAGCACGGCUGAUGAAUGCUGCUGUGGCGCUGAGCGUCCAUCCGUCUGAAAUCCUGCAACACUGUGACUCGGUCAGCGUCUGUCUGUCCAAGGGUCUCGGGGCCCCAGUGGGCUGUCUGCUAGGGGGACCCAGAGAGUUUGUGCAGAGGGCAGUGCGAGCCCGCAAGGUGCUGGGUGGGGGGAUGCGGCAAGCUGGCAUCCUGGCAGCAGCGGGCAUCCUGGCGCUAAACAACAUGGUGGGCAGGCUGAAGGACGACCAUCGCAACGCCAAGACCUUCGCCCGAGCAUUGCUGCAGGCCGACUCCCCUCUCUGCUGCGUGGAUCUCAGCACUGUGGAGACUAAUAUCCUGAGGUUCAGGGUGCAGCAGCCUGGGCUGACCCCCCAGGAGUUUUGCACCCGCAUGGAGGCGGUGACCCCUGGGGAGGUGGAGUCUCUGGGGCAAGGGGUCCGGGUCCUCAUGUUCCCUCACGUGGAGGGCUCAGUGCGGGCAGUGUGGCAUCUUGACGUCUCCGAAGAGGACACUGAGCUUGCCAUCCGCAAACUGAACUACAUCACACACAAGUACAGGGAGGAGCGACAGAGUGCCUAGCAAAGGACCGGCCUCCAAAAGCUAUAGCUAGGAUAUGUAAUGAAGAAAAAAGUAAUGGUCGAUAAAAUAAAUCACUCCUUUAAUAAUUCGCUAUGACGUUUCAGCUUCCACCUUCUUCAGAUAGCAUGCAUUUUCAGUGGCUCUAUUACUUCUUCAAUAAGUAUUUCUAGUGAUUGAUGAGUAUGCUGUUGAAUCCUGAUUCUGUUUGGAUAGAGGGCUGUUUGACUUUCCUUUUAACAAUGGAUGAUGUUUCCGACAGCAGUUCCCCUGCGAACACUCCUGGCAAUGUUUGUCAAUUGACGUGUGAAUUCUAAAGUAAGUAUUCGUGAAAAGGGUUAACACAAGCCUCAAAAAGAACUCAAUCUGUGUUUACGUACAUUUUUUACUAUAAUCAAAGUAAAUAACAAUGACGACUGA